AUGGCAGUGUGCUGCUGGGAUGGCAGUGUGCUGCUGGGAUGGCAGUGUGCUGCUCUGCUGGGAUGGCAGUGUGCUGCUCUGCUGGGAUGGCAGUGUGCUGCUCUGCUGGGAUGGCAGGUCACGUGUUGGUCUGUUGGGGAGGUCAGGAUAUCAUGUGCAUGCUGCUUCGUGUUGCGCCAUGCUGCUUCGUGUUGCGCCAUGCUGCUUCGUGUUGCGCCAUGCUGCUUCGUGUUGCGCCAUGCUGCUUCGUGUUGCGCCAUGCUGCUUCGUGUUGCGCCAUGCUGCUUCGUGUUGCGCCAUGCUGCUUCGUGUUGCGCCAUGCUGCUUCGUGUUGCGCCAUGCUGCUUCGUGUUGCGCCAUGCUGCUUCGUGUUGCGCCAUGCUGCUUCGUGUUGCGCCAUGCUGCUUCGUGUUGCGCCAUGCUGCUUCGUGUUGCGCCAUGCUGCUUCGUGUUGCGCCAUGCUGCUUCGUGUUGCGCCAUGCUGCUUCGUGUUGCAUUGAUCCGUUCCCUCUCCUGCCUUGCCCUAUUGUCUGCCUGCUCACUCCUUAUACCGGCCUUCGUUUCCCCCCUUCCCCCCCCCCCCUUGCUGUGCUACUCUCUCCCUUCACCAGCGGCGCUCCCGGAAACUACCUCAUAGGAACCGUGCCGCCGCUCGGCCCUCUGCUUCUCAGAAUAGAUGUCAAUUACAACUUCAUCACGGACCUCCCAUCGGCGGCCUACACGUGGUGUGGCGGCACCCUCAACUGCCUCGUCACGCCCUCCAAGUGCACCACCUCUGGCACGGUCCAGCGCUCUGCAGCGGAUUGUGCCUUCUGCGGCACCACCAACGGCAUAGCUCCGUUCUGCUGGGGGGCGGGAGGGGUGUGCACGCUUGACGCGGCUGCACUCGUGGCUGCCGGCACUACGAACUCGAAUUCGCAGCCCGCGCUCCCCAGGACGUGCGUGGGCGGGCCGGUUGUGGCCUUGAAAGACACCACAGCCAUGCUCGCCCUCAAGUCUUCUCUCGGCGUCACUUUCACCACCUGGGCGGCCACUGUGCCAUGCACGAUCGCGGGGCAGACCACCUCAGUGACAGUGUGGAGUGGCGUGCUCUGCGACAGCACUGGGAGGGUCGUGAGCAUGUGA